AUGGAUCGAAAACCAUCAAUAGACGCAGCAAAAGCAGCAAAAGCAGCAGUCACAAUUCCUGAAACACCACAAUCACCAUUUAGUACACAAAUUUCAGCUGAACAAAUACCAGUCGAUGAAUCAGUAUUAUCAUCAGUUGUAAAAGUCUUUUGUAUAUCGACGCCAGUUAACUAUCAUAUGCCAUGGCAAAAGAAAAGUCAAGUUGAUUGUACCGCUUCUGGUUUUAUAAUAAAAGAUCGUUUAAUUUUAUCGAAUGCACAUGCCACUACUGAUGCAACACAAAUUCGUUUACGUAAACAUGGUGAAUCAACAAAAUAUUUAGCUAGAAUUGUACACAUUGGACACGAAUGUGAUCUGGUUCUGUUAACAGUUGAUGAUGAAGAAUUUUGGACAACAAAAACAAUGAAACCAUUCGAAUUUGGUAAAAAAAUUCCAGCAUUACAGGAAACAUUAAUUAUUGUUGGAUAUCCAACUGGUGGCGAUAAUCUAUCUGUCACAAAAGGUGUUGUUAGUCGGGUUUCAAUGAAACAAUACACGCAUGGAUGGGGAACAUUUUUAGCUAUUCAAACUGAUUCAGCAAUCAAUCCAGGAAAUUCAGGUGGACCAGCAUUACAGGGGGAAACUGUUAUUGGCAUGGCAUUUCAAAAUUAUUCCGGACUUCAAUCUGUUGGCUAUAUCAUUCCAAUACCUGUUAUUGAACAUUUUCUCGAAGAUAUCAAAAGAAAUGGACAUUACACUGGUUUUCCAAUGUAAGAAGCGCGCAGGCAGCAAAUUAAGGCUCUGCUCUUUCUCAUUUUUUCGCUCACUGUACUGCUACUGCUACCACUAGGAUGCUAUUUGAAUUUCAAAAUAUGGAACAUCAAACUUUGCGUGAUUAUUUAAAAAUGCCAAAAGAUCAACACGGUAUACAUAUUACUGAUAUUGAUCCAGCUUCUUCACUAAUUGGAGAAGAAGGAGGAGGUCUUAACAGUGCAGCAACCAAUCGAUGUACCUUUCUUUC